GGUGAGGCAUUAGGCUAUCUGAUUUUAUACACUCACUAAUGUACAAAGCUAAUUAUGAAUCAAGUUUAAGAGGGUCUCUUUUCUGAAACAUUUUAUUAUACUGUAACUUACAUAAGUAGACCAGAUAUUUUGGUUUUUGAUGGGUGGACGACAAUUUGAUGAGUCACAACCGAUGCAUUGAUUCAGCCAAUGAUUGACUAAGACUAAAGUAGAAAGUAUCCGUGAUUUGUGACGAAAACAUUUAUUAGGGAUUUAUGUGACAUUAAUGACACUGUCUUAUGCGCGGUCGGUCUGGGAUCGAUCGUAGUUCACCAAGGUAAACAUCUACAGUUAUCUCAAAGGAGCCACAAACCAGAUGACAUCAUUUUUUAGAAAUAUUUUGGGUAUGAAUGAUAAAGAAGGAAGUGCAGAGAAUGCGACAAAUUACAAUGGGUAUGAAGUGGAUUAUCAGACAGGGGCGAAUUUUUCUUCCAACCGCAACAAGUCGAUAGAUGACCUAUUAAAACAGUAUCAGGGUCAGAGAGCAAGUUAUCCAAAUUUACAGUUUCAUGUUCAGCAACUAACUGAAAACAAUGAGUUUCAGAUGGAACUUAUUAAUAGACUUGUACAGGAACGUAGACAAUUGGUUAUUGAGAAUAAAAGACUGUCGGAAGAAAAGAUUAGGUUUACGAGAAAGAUAGAGACUCAGUCUAAAGAGAUCGGUGACCUAAAAAAUGAAGUUAUGGAUUUGAAAAGGUCACUAACCACACAGCAGAGUAAUGUACCACCACCUCAUUCUGAAUGGAAACUUGCAGAAAGUAUUUUCAGCUAUCGUACCUCUCCAAGGAAACAAAAAUAUGUGGAGGUUCCAAAGAAAAGACCACAGGUCCAUGUGUAUUUCUUCAGUCCACAGAGAGACCAGAUUCCACCUAUUUCUGACAUUACGAAUCGUCUGGCAGAGUCUCUGUCCCAGCAGGAUAUCGAGUUAGUGACCGACAUUAUUAGCGAAACUCCUGUGUCGGACGAUGCCCGGCCAGCCAUCCUUCUGUGUAUUAACGUGUCGCGGGUGGGAACAGACGUCGCAAAUGCACUGAAAGAUAUGAAAGCUGAUUACAAUGUAGCUGUGGUUGUUCUGCAUCACAAGGAUAUCCAUGUGUUACCCAAGCUGUCCAGCGUGAAGAGUUUGACCGGCCGGGAGUUCCAGAAUCUUGGAACCAUCGUGGACAUGGCCUUCUGGAAGGAGAAAGGCCUGCACCAGUGUGACAUGAACCAGCUGGCCAUACAGAAACUGUCCGACUUCCUCAAGAUGUUCAUACUGCCGGGCAACUGAAACAGUAGACUCAACUGAAGCAGUAAACCAUCAAUUGAAACAGUAGACUGUCAACUGAAACAGUAGACCGUCAGUUGAAACAGUAGACUGUCACUGUAACCUGUGAUGUUUGAUGAAUAUGGGUGGGCUCAUUUGGGCUAAUUGGAAUUUAUUUUGAAUAUACCAACACUAAUAAUUCUAUAACUCUUGCAGCAAAAACACAUUAUGUGUUUUUCCUGUGACACGACUAACAGAUGGUGCAUUUAUUUAAUAUAAUAAUAUCCUGUUGAAGUGUAUCGGAAUAAAUGGUAUUCAUUCAACUUGUGUUGGUGUGUAUGUAACAUAUGUUUAGCAACAACCAAGAAAGCAGUAAUCAUACUGGAUGAUUUUACUGUCUCAUAUUGCUUUUAUUCCACCAUAAAAUAUUGCAAUUGACCAGUAGUUUAAUAAACUCUACCCUCAUCUGUUUUUAAAAAAAAAAAAGGUUUUGGAAUUGUUAUAUUUUUAACUGUUAAAGAAACUCACACAAAUACCUCCGACCCUUUUACUUUAUUUUGACAAUUUGUUUUCAUUCUUCUUGCAUCACUUCUAAUUUGGAUUCCAUAGCCUUUGAAUUGUAUUGUUUUUUGGCACUUCUGGAUUAUUCAAAUGAGUUCACCCUAUAUUUCUUCUUGUGCCAUUUUGUGUAUUUGGAAUUCUAUCGUUUUAUGUUGUUGUUUAUAAUAAACUGGAUCAAAACUAUAGUAUGAAACAUGUUCUACAUGUCCAAAUAUUGGUACAGUAUGUUUUUCUUAAAUUAUCCUUUGGGGUGUGUGUGAAAUGUGGGGAGGUAAUAAUAAAAUUGUGUAUAGUCUGUCUGAAUCUUGGUAUCUGUAGUACCUAAUGUGAAAUGUUUGAAGCAGAGCAAUAUGAGGUGCUGUGUUUCAAUUAUAUGCCAUGAGUCCAUAUGAAUGUACAUUUAUUAUACAAGACUAACAAAUACAGACAUUAAAUUAAUAAUUUAAAGAUAAAACUAAUCGAGUGUGAUGUAACCCAGUGGUAAAGCACUCUCCUGAUGCACAGUCCGUCUAGGAUCUAUUCCUGUACGUGCUAUCGGGUCUUUGGGAUGGUGCAUAUAAAAGAAAAUGUGGCAGGUUUUCUUUCUAUGACUAUUAUGUAAAAAUUACCAAAUGUUUGACAUUCAAUAGACGAUGACUAAUAAAUUGAUGUUAUCUAUUCAUAUUGUUAAACAAACCAAAACUUUAACUUUGGUAUACCCAGUGAAGUCGAAACAAGCAUUUGGAUAUACCUAGACUCAAGCUUGUCACAGUCUGUCAUAUUUCCAAGGAGUAACUGGCCAAUGAGUUCCAAGUACCGGCAUGCUCAGUCAUUACGCCCAAUUUGUUAGUUACCUCAGAUUCUAAUCAGCCAAGGUCUUCCAAAUUAGUUUGCUGGAUUAUAGCUAUAACAGUUUUUUCUAAUUAAUCAUACACAGAUUUUUUUUUUUUACUUACCCAAGUUAGACAAUGUCAGCAAUAUUUGUAUUUAUUAUAAAUAUUUAUCUUUGUAUAUUUUAAUGUUAAUUAUCUCAUUAAAGGAGUGAAAUAAUUGAUUUAUUUUCAUCCCCCUUUUUAAGAAGGUUAUGAACAUCUAUUUAUUAGCUGAUUGCUUCAGUGAUUUGAUUUUCCAGCUUUUUAUCUAAUUUAGGAGUUUUUUUUACAUAAAAUAUUUUUUGUUGUUGAAACAUGACCAUUAAGAAUUGUAUAAAGUUUUUAACUUUUAAAAGAUCAUUUCAGCUUUUAUUUUUAAAUGGGUAUCACAUCCAUGUAAUUUUAACUAGUUAAUGUAUACAGAAGAUUCCCUUUAUCAUAUGUCUAUUCCCCAUUGUUAUAACAUUUGCAGUUUUAGAACUGUUCCUGACUAGCAAUUGGAUAAAAUGUAAAGUAUUAUUUUCGUCCAUUUGUGUUUAUUUCACUUUACUUCAUGAUUAGCCGAUUCUGUAUAAUUAGUUAUUUCAUGCUAUUAUAAUUUUACCACAAAAACCUUUAAAAAUGUGUAUACAUAAUGUUUUUAUGUUCAUUUAAUUGGUGCAUUCUAUAUCCGUAUACAUAUAUUGUCCUGUGAUACAUAUGUACAUAUUCUCAUAUAUGCAGAUUUUGUAUGUCAUUGGUAUUUGUAAGAAGACUUGAAUAUUAGUUCAUAAUAUGUGAUGGUACCUCAAGUGAAUGCUCUUCGACUGAAUCGCUUCCCAAGUUCCCAAUAAGCACAUUCUUGAAUGAGAUAUCUGUAAUAUUUUCUGCAUGUUUUGAAAGUAGAAUCAACAAAAGCAAUUACUAAUUACUUAGGUUUUGGCUAUCAUCUCAUUACAUACCGUAUAUCAGGGGUAAACAAGAUUUGUCAAAUAAAGUUUUUCUUGAGUGUUUUAUUAUUAUUUUUUUUUUUUAAAUGUAUGUGUUUAAAUUGUGCUAGAAAUGGUGCAUUAAGUUUACAAAAAGGGGUGGUGGAGGCAGUCUUUGUAUAUUUAAGUGUUUGAAGUGCACUGUCAAAUAUUUACCAAGCAAUAGCAACUGCAGCUCUGUUUGGCAGUAGGCCUAAUGUGUUAGUGUUUAUUUGUGCAAAUAUUAAAUAUACUGUAUUCAGUGUAAAGUUAUACAAAGUACACUAAAUAUUAGACGCAGUAGGCCUACCGUAGGCCUAUAGGAUACCAAAAAAAAAUGGAUCUGCAAUAUUUUUGCAGACAUUAUUAUUAAAUUUAUACGAUUUUUUAUUUUAUUUUCAUAUGACACCCCAUUUUCUCACAGGUGAUUAAAACGUAAAAUAUCCUAAUUUAUAUAUGGACAGUAUAAUGCAUGUGCGUUGAUCAGUUUGUAAUGAGAACUGAUUUAGUGAGAGGGAACCGAAUGCUGGUCAACUCGCCCCAGUGUUUGGACAACUCGCCCCAAACUUUACUGACCGUAAAUAAUUGUGACAAAAUUAAAAAUAGACGUCUACAACUUUGGUGUCAUUUUAUUAUUAAUAUUACAGUGAACCCUGCUAUUACGAGCACUUAUUAAAUGGUUUUAUAUUGGGGAGAUCCUAAUAUUCAUUAUAUAAAGAACGGUCAAGCCUAUUUUAACGACGUUUCAAGUCGUUUGUGGGUUUGUCCCUUAGGAAUGACCAGACAAGGCCCUUGGACUCCGACAGGUGUGCAUAUUCAACAAUAUUUAAUGCACAUUAUUUCUUAAAAUAUUGGUAUAUUAAUUAAGAAAAUGGUAAUGAUAUGAGUUGACUAAACAGUGUGGGGCGAGUUGACCUGCUCCCAGGGAACCAACAAGUAUAACUUUAGAGUUGUCUCCCAUAUUCUGAUAAAUCUGACACUCGGGAGAAUGGUGUGAAACUAACAAUUUUCUUCUCUACUUCCCGUUUCUGUUGUGUAAAUGGUGAGGCAUUAAGCUAUCUGAUUUUAUACACGUACUAAUAUACAAAGCUAGUUACGAAUCAACUUUUAAAGGGUCUCUUUUCUGAAACAUCUUAUUUUAUCGUAAGUAAACCAGAUAUUUUGGUUUUUGACAGUGUUUGAUGAUGAGUGGAUGACCGUGCCACACUGCCAGUUCGAUGAGUCACGACCGAUGCAUUGAUUGACUAAAUUAAAGUCCGAUUCAUAUUUUUGACAACUACGAUAAAUUACUCUCCUAUCUAUAAUUUCCUUUAGACGUUCUACACUUUUUGUUCAAACAAAUCGUGAAAAAACAGUUCACCAAAGCAAACAUCUAUGACUAUGGUCCGUUUAACAUUAACAUUUUGACAUCUAUUGGUCCUCCAACGAAUCCAUGACUUUUCGCCCCCAUUUUGACCUGUUCGCCCCAUGUACCAGUUUUCCCCCAACUGUUUGCCUAUUUGCCCCCAACUGUCAGUUUGCCCCCAACUCCCAAUUAUUUGUUACUUUUAAACAAUUACAAUUGUAUUGUUUCUUUAGAGGCAUGUUAAAGUGUGUGUGUGUUUCUUUUCUUAGAGGGGAGGCAUUGUUGUCUUUCCACGAUUUGGACACACGGAUGCACAAAUUGGUUGUCUGCACGCCCUGGGCAAACAAAAUAGGUUACGGGCAACCAUUCUUUGUCAAACAGUGGCCUGAUGGGCAACCAAGAAAAUCAUAAAACAAAUCAAAUGAAAAACAAAACUUCGCAACACUUUGACAGUCACAGGCAAUCAAAAGUAUCGGCACUGACAACUUGACUGACAGGCAGUAUAAAUAUCCACCCUAAUGCUGCCAUACAUUCAGCGUCCACCGUGCAUGAUUUUGGCAGGAGGCGUUUGGAAAAGCCAUCUGCCAGAUAUUUCAUCCCCAAACUAGCUGGUUCCUACCAAUUCUCGCUACAAAAUAUUUUCUAUUCACCCUAAAACCUUGUUGAUGCAUCCCAAUACUGACGACUUGUGCUUACCGAGUGUUUAAUUAUUAAUGAAAUACGUGUAUUUCUUAAAUGUUGUCAUUAUUAACUUUACUUCAAAAUGAGUUCUGCAUUUUGUAAAACAUGUUUUUCAUGUUUUAAGUUCUUCAUAUUUUCAUGAAUUAAAUUGUAUUUUUGCUAAAUGGUUUAGUAAUAUUGUCAAUAUAAAAUAUGUAUUUGGUGGUGAAAUAAUCCGAAUAAGUACAAACUAGUAGUACUAAGCAUUUCCUGUAAUGUUUUGCGUCAUUGGAAUUGUACACGUUAUUGAAUGGUGGGGGUUGUUUGUUAAGAAUUAUGUAUCCUUUUAAAAACAAUAUCUUGUAA